AUGUCACAGGCGCAAUUGACUCCGCUUUCGGGCUCCAGCUUGAAGAUUGGCGACUCGCAGUUCUGCGAGUUGAUUGCCGAAAGGUUGCUCAGCGAGGCGUUCAAUCCCAUAGAAAUUAAUUCCAUCAACGAGAUAUCGGCCACGAUCUCGAUUCUGCCCUUAUUAGAGAAAUCAGACUUCCAUCCGCUCUUGAGCUCUCCGGACUUGAUCACACGGAUCUCCUCCACGUACAUCGGGGUCUCUGUCUCGGCAGGCGUCGGGUGGGGGUCGUUGCUCAUCGACGCAGACAACGACGGGGUCAUUUGUGGCGCGAUCUGGUUCGAGAUCUGGGGCACGAUAUUUUCUGCUCCCGAAGCAACAGACCACGACGAAGCCACGGGGGCCAGGUCGUGCGACGCCGAGGGCGUGACAUCGUUCGACGCGGUCUGGUCAGCCGUCUCUGUAGGAACCUCGUUUUCCUCGGUGACCUCCCGUCUCCGAGGAUUCUCAAACGUGUAA